AUGGCGAGGUGUUUCUUGGAUUACGGCGUCCAGAAGCGCUCCUUCUUCCUCUGCAACGCUGUUCUCUGGCUGCUUGGGCUUGGCUCGCUGCUCGUCGGUAUCUGGUGGUACAUGGCUAAACGGGAUUACGUUGAUUUCAUCCCGCCUGGCUACGGUACCAUUUCUGCGGUUGGCUUCUGUGUUGCUGCUGGACUGAUUGCGAUUUUGAUCACGUUCGUCGGAUGUUUCGGCGUAUGGAUGAAGUCGCGCAUGUUUCUUCUUACCUACACAUUGCUCACUGUGCUUCUGAUGAUGGCUCAAGCAGUUGUGUGUUACCUGACGUUGAGCUAUCAGCCGGACGUGUACGACCGAGCGCGUAGUGAUAUGGAGCAGAGCUUGUUGCGUAACGGGUAUCGAGAUGAGGUGUUCUUGAACAGCCACCUGACGUGGGAUGAGAUGCAGAAAGUUUUUCACUGCUGCGGUAUAAAUGGCCCAGCCGAUUGGUUCGGGAACCAGAGAUGGCCCAACAGUGACUAUGUGCCGGACAGUUGCUGUAAUGAACUUCGGUUCAGUUCCAACUCUUCUAUGGAUCAUUGUGGCAAAGGCAAAGAGAAUUGGGAUCUCUGGUACCAACAGGUAUCAAUUUUUAUUGUGCAUUUUUUGCUAAAACAGUUACACAAAAUGCGUAUUGUCGUGAUCCUGUUUGUACAUCUCUUUGUGCUUUACCGACCGCAUUUCGUCUGGAGUUUUCAACUCAACAACCACGGCUGCGGCGAAGUUUAUGUUGGCUGGCUUUUUGAGGAAUUAAAAAUUGUUGCGUACAUCGCGAUGGCCUUUCUUCUCGUUGAAGUAAGGCUUCUGGUUGGAUAUUUAAGCAGAACUUAG